AUGUUGAGCUUGCAGGCUGGCUUCAUCUACUUGAAUGAUACGCACAUCCUCGACAUCGAUGAGAACACAUGGACCGUUCCGCGGUGUCGGGGUACGGCGCCUCUUCCGCGCUACAGCCACUCGGCCGCCUUGGUCGGCAGCCGGGUGGUCUACUUCGGCGGCAAGGGGAAAGACUCCUGCUUCCGUGACUUGCACGCGUUAGACACCAGCAACUACACUUGGUUCCAGGGGCCGAGCUCGGGUGGUGCGCCCUCCGCGCGGCACGGUCACACAGCCAACCUCCAUGGGACGCGGCUCUUUGUCUUCGGCGGCACUUGUAGUGGGAAAUACUUCGGCGACCUGCACUGCCUGGAUCUGGCGAGCAUGGCUUGGAGCUGCCCUGCAACGCAGGGCCCCAAGCCCACGCCCCGUUGCGGGCAUGCAGCGCUGUUAGCUGGCGAGUCAUUGUUGAUACAUGGCGGUUUCUGCAUGGACUCCCCGGACAUUGCCACCAAGGACAACAGUGGUGACCUCCUCAAGAACGCGUACUGCAACGAUGUUCGCGUUCUGGAUUUGAGCCGCAUGCUUUGGUCGCGGCUACGCACGCACGGCUCACCUCCCACCGGGCGGUUCAGCCACACCGCGACCCUCAGCGAGGACGACGCUGUCAUCUUCGGAGGUUGGGGUGGCAACUCUGCGCCAGCACCUGGUGUGGCGUUCGCCCUGCGCGGCAAGGUGGCAGAGGACGAGGAGAAGGAGCCAUCCGCCUCCCAAGAGCAGACGUGCGAGUACUGCUGGACACUGCGAACAUCCGACAUGCAGUGGGUCGCGAAUCGCUACGUAGGCGCGCCACCGACCAAACGAUACGGGCACACGGCCACGGCCAUCGGUCCCCACCUGAUCAUCUUUGGGGGUUGGGAUGGUGGCAAGCCACUCAACGAUGUCGUAGUGCUCAGAGACCGAUCCGUCGCCGAGCGUGGUGAGGAUUUCUUCGAUGGAGAUUCCCCGGCACCAGGCGCAUCUGAAUAUGCGGAGGAGGAGUUUGAGCUAGAGACUGCGGAGGAUGGGGGAGGAUAUCCAGCCUGA